AUGGGCGCCACCCCCAGCCACUCGUCGCCGGCGGACGAGGUGCCGCUCCACGUGAGCAUCUCCGGCUACUCCAACCUGAUGCGGGUGCCUCUGCCUCGCCCGGAGACUGUCCGCAUAUUCUCCUUCGGUGAUAUCUUGUGGGAGGUCACAGUGAAACCGACGGGGUUCAACGAGGGCCUAGCGGACGGCCUCCACGUCUCGGUCGACCUCCACUCCCGAUUCAGGUACAAACCAGACGUGGUGCUCGAAGGCAUCGACAUCUCCAUGGAAGUCCUUGACGAGGCCGGCGAGAACACCGUUUUCCACCGGGAGAGCAGCGGGAUGCUGGAAUCCUCGAGGUUCUUGAAUCUCUUCCUGUCCAGGAGGGAGCUGGAGGCAUCGUCGUGCGUCCGCGACGACAGCUUCACCGUCAGGUGCACUCUGACGAAGCAGCGGUCUACAAAGUGGUGGCGCCUCUUCUCCAAAUCUGACGAGCUCGCGGUCUUGGAGCCGCAGGUCGCCAUGGCCGGAUCCAACAUGAUCACCAUCGGCAGCUUCUCCAAGCUCAAGGCCGCGCUCCGGGGAGGGGAGUGCACCUACUCCACCCACUUCGCUGUGGCAGGGUGCAGAUGGUACUUCCAAUUCUGUCCCAAUGGCAAUGGGCUAAUUGGCCUUGUACGCGUGAGUAAUGGCACGACGGCGACAACGGCGGAGUUCAGUUUUGAGCUCGAGGGGGUGGUCAAUUUUGAGUCCGAAAAGAUGACUCACACGUUCAACCAUGCCAACAAAAUGUACUUAUAUAGAUGCAGGCUGGAGCCAAACACGUCGGCCAUGGAGGAUCGCCUCAUUGUUCGGUGCCGCCUCGCCGUUAUAAUGGCGGAAAAGCUGAGCAUACCCUCUGCCGCCAUUACGGUGGAGAAGAUUCCUCGAAAAAUAUUGGUGGAGAAGCCAAGCUUGCCCCCCGACGCGAUUCGGAUCGCUACCACCCCGUGCACCGAAUCAAUGCUAACUCCUCUACUGAGCGCCAUGUAUGAUUGA